UGAAUUUAGUACUCAUAGCAACCGUCUGUUGCUUUGCAAAUGUUAUCUUCUCCGUAGAAAGGUCUUCGUCGAGAGUGUCUUGCUUAAAGCACAUUAUGUUGGCAAUGUGUGCGGCUGUGUAUUAUACGUUGUUCGUGCUCUGUUUGUUCUACCCCGAGCAUCUGGCCCCGACUAGUGUUUGAUAUAUUAAUGGACGUCGACUUAUAGGAAGGAUAAUCUAUAAUGAUUAUAAUAAGAUUAAUGCGAACGGCAGCAUUAUUUUAUUUGUGCGCUCUGAAAUGGGAAAAGGAAACGAAGUAGGCGAUCCGAGUUGGCGAUCGAAAGAUUGCCAGUCUUAACGAAAAAGUUGGGAUAGAAGCUAUGUAUGUGAGAUUGAGUGACUUAUAUUCUACGUUGGUCGAUGCGAUACAGAUGGGAUCCAGCUUUUUGGUUGUUUGUAGUUACCCAGGGCAUCGUACUACCUCUUCCUUGGCAGGGUUCUGCGAUGCCAAAAGCACAGCUGGCCUCAUUAAAUGAACAAUUAGCCUUCUACGCUGGCACGGUGUAAGAGGUCUUGUUCAGUUGCUAAAACCGUUUUUGUGAAUUAUUCUUAACUUUUCAGCCUUUUGAUUUUAAUUAGCUAAAUGAUAAAAUCAGGAUACCUGGUAUUUUUUGUUGCCGUCUAGUCGAUUAAAAUGUAAAUGCUGCCGGGAAGUCCAGCCCUACUGCGUUUCAGACAAGCAUACCUGAAAAGGUGCGAAACUAUGGGCCAAACUAUGCUUGUUUUAAAUGAUACACUGGAAAUAAUCUGUACUGCGGAAGCGAAAAAGAUAGGAUCAUCGUUAAAGGGUCUUCGAUUAUGUAGGCUUAAUUGGUCCACUGCAAUUCAUUCGUGUUGCGGAAAAGCAUUUAAAGGCGCUUAAAUUAUUAUAGAGGCCAUAGAGUUUUAUGAAAGGGCCAGGGAUAUAAGACGUGAGUCAGUUAACAAAUUUUAAAGAGAAGAUAGCAUUGCCUCCAAAAAGCGCCGUGAUUGCGGCUAGAAAAAAUGAUACUCUAGACAUCUAGUACCAUGUGGGCUUAUGAUUUGUCUAUCAUAGGUUUAUAUAGUUGUGCUACACAGUGUCAAGCCGAAUUUUGAAGUCCCUUUCAAAGGUGAGGAAGAACAGUGCGCACCGAUCUCUGAAGCCAACUUGAGCCUGUAUAACUAUUACGGUCGUGCAUGAUUCCCGUAGAAAUAAUAUCCAUGGUAAACUUUUGUCAUUCAUCCACAAUGUGGUGCAUAUGUCGACAACAUUGUGUAACGCGAAUGAUGCGUUAUGUUAACAGCUGUUAAAAUUUUUUCAAAGAUUACUACGCGCGGCACAUCGUCGAGAGUAACGCCAUAUGGUACAACGACAGAAAAUGAGGUACCCUGGUUUAACUUGAGUUGACGUGUGUAUUCUGUGGCUAGUUCUCUAUCAAAUCAGCAUCGAUAGCAUCUGGUUCUAUAUAUGUUCGAAACAUAGUGGUAGCGUAACCUUCCUUCAGCUUGCUAUUGAAGAUGUAAUUUUGUAACUGUGGUAGAAAAGACGCUUGCCUAUCAUUUAGAGAACUUAGAUGAAAUGUGAAAAAAAAUUUCCGGUUUUUGAAAUUUAAAAUCUGCGUAUCCUUGCGAGAAAAAACGGAGUGGCCCGUAUAGUAUAGAGCCUUACAUAGCCUCCCCUAUUAUACUUCAAUUACUAAUUAAAGACUUCUAUUGGAAUUAAUAAUCUGUUCUAAAAAGCUGGCCCUAAGCCAUCGAGUGAGAGCUUUAGAAGAACCAACACGGGACUAUCGUCAUUGACAAGGCAUCCAGGUGUUCAUUGCCAGAGGCAAAAGCGAUGGCACCAAGCUCGUCUGGAGUGGUAGCGCUGAGCCACUUCGCUGUAUGGGGCUGUCUAUUAUUCCUGUGGCAAAUAAGCCCUACAUUAGCUGCUGGUUUAACAUUUGCCCAGGAGCCGAAGUCCGAAUUUAUCGAAAAUGGAAAAGUGCGUUUCACGUGUGAACCAAAUAAAGAGCUUAAGUCAAUCGUCGAGGUACGCUGGUUUCGGAACGAAGUGGAGUUGACGCCGAAAUCACGCAAUGUACUCAAGAUGACCAAAUGCGGUGAUGCUCACAUGCUUGAAAUGCGUGAAUGGCUUCGGGCGUCGUACCGUUGUGAAAUCAGUGUCAAUGGGUCGUUUCCACUGAGGCUUGUAUCGCAAACCGCGGAGUCGAUUGCAACUACUAUCAACAAUUUCUCAAUGUCGGCCGAAGCUCCCAAGGAUCGGCACGUCGAAGUCAUGGAAGGCGCUAUCGGUGUAAUUCCUUGUAGUCCUCUCCCACCUAGCGAACCUCCCGCAGUUCCCUUGGUUAUAAAAGACUCGCGCAACUCCGUGAAUCUUACCAAAAGUAGCCGAUUUCACGCAAUGCCGUCAGGCAACGUUUAUGUGCGCAACGCGCGAUUAGAAGACAGUUCCAUGUACCGCUGCUUAGCGCAAAAUCCACUAACAAGGGAGGUGCGCGACGCGCCAUUUCGGGUUUUUCUCGUCGUUCAGCCACGUCACAUGGAAAAAGGAGCAAUGCGAGUAAACGCUACGAUCGUUCACCGGCCACCUGAUCGAGUCGAAGCUGUUGUUGGCAGUAACGUAACGCUUGAGUGUCUUGGUGACGGCUGGCCGCAGCCGAUAGUGAAGUGGCAGCGUGUGGGCUCAUACCUCCCUGGCCAGAUCGAUAACGAAGGCACUCUAACACUGAUUUCAGUAAUUGCUAAAUAUGGCGGCGUAUAUGAGUGUAGUGUAAGUAAUUUUGUCACCGAGGCCGUGCGCACAACGUUGAUUGUACACGAACCUCCGGUGCUCAGAGAGCCGGAUUUAUCGAAGAGCGUCUUCGAAGUUGAGACUAAUUCGUCGGUCAGUCUCGACUGCGAGCUGGUGAAGGGUGAACCUCGUCCGAACAUCACCUGGUUGUUCAACGGAGAGCGAUUAUAUACACAGGAGGAUCGGCAUGUGUUUGUUCAUGACCGCGAGGUCUACAUUUCUCGCGUAAGAAAGGCGUGGCAUCACGGCCACUAUCAAUGUUUUGCAACGAACGUUCUUGGACAGACUUACGUACAGUUUCUUGUACGAGUUAUAUCAAGCCGGGACCCAGCCUUGGAGCCACCGUCAGUCAACCCUGACACGCUGGAAAUGCCUAGGCGCAAACAUCGCGUUGAUUCGAGGACGAGAGUUCGCUUGCCGGCACCUCCACGACCGAUGGUUAGACAGGCGUCGGAGAGCGCUGUCGAGGUGCGUUGGAACGAUAUACCGACAAACAACUUUUCAAUACAAUUUCUCAAAGUGCAGUAUAUUGCCAAAGGCGUCGGAGAGUUGUGGAAAACGCCCGACGAUGAAAUCGACCCAAACGCCAAAUCGUUCCUCGUUGAUGGUCUCGUGCCACGCAAGUACCGAUUUCGGCUGCUAACCGUCUUUGAGAAUCAGGAUCACAAAACGGGGAAAUCGAGCGAAUGGAUAACCUUAAUGGUUAACACGACGUACACAGAUGAAUCAACAGCAAGCGACAACAAGGCCGGUCCGGAAGCUUCUCAUCCUUCAGAAGAGGUUCCACGUUUAACAGCUGCCCCUGAAGCAGAAAACAGCAUCACGAUUCAAUGGACCAUGACGCGGCCGCAACACCUACAGGGUUUUGAAUUGGCCUACAGACGAGCGGACAUCGGAGGCGAUUGGCACCUAAAGCGUUUGCCGGAAGUUUUGCCGUGGACAUUCACCAUAAUUGAUCUCGAACCUUCAAAAUAUUACGAGCUGAAAAUAGCCGCAAUAGACGAACGCGGUAUUCGAAAUUUCUCUGCAACGUUUGUGGCACGCACUCUCGACGUCGUUGUGAUUGAUGGCGACCAGGACAGCGGCAAAGAUGUUAACCAUCGCGAGCCGAACGACAAUUCACUCGAGCCGAUGGGUCACGACAUACUCCGGUUUGCUGUGUACAAACAGCAGGCCGUUUUAGUGUUAAUCUUAGCGGGUACCCUCGGGGUGGCAUGUCUGGUCUUUCUUGCAUGUGUUGCGUAUUAUGGUAAACGAUUGGCAAGUGAUCGUAUUGCCGACGAAAGGGUCCGACGGCAACGGGAAGCUGCAGCGUACGUCAACGACGCAAACUCGACGUUCACCCCGUCGAUUUCGACGGUUGAUUUGGAAAGUACUCAUGGUCAGCCUCUUGAGCAAACUCUUGAGGGUCUGGUCGAAUCAGAAAGCGAUUCGGAUUCAUUGUCGAUGAAAAGCGUGUCCCACGAAGAGGUUCCACGGUCGGAGAAAGAGUACGCGUUGAAAAUUCUCACCCAACUCUAUGGGACCGGAAGCGGGCAUAUUGUUAACAUGAAUGGUAACUUUGACUUAACGCGAGUGCAAAGCGUAUAGUGGUUAAGGGUUGUGAUUAUAGCUU